AUGUCAUUCAAAACCAGCUACUUCUUGAAAGCAAUCACAGCCAACAGCCAAGACCAUCCUCCAUCAAAUACCGCCCAGAACGACAAGACCAAUAACGAAAACCCCGAUGGUCGCUACGAAGCUCUCGUAUCUGCAUCGGCAAAUAUAGUCCUCACCAUGCUACAUCGUGGCAGAUUCCUCGAAGAUGAGCUCAAACGUGCACUUGAUCAUAUUCGCACAAGCAAUGAGUUUCUUCAAAAGUUUGUGGAAUUGCUUGAUUCAGUUGACGAGGAGCGAUGCGAUGGAAAGGAAGGUGUUACGUCCUGGAAGGAAGUUGCUGAGCGCGUCAAGUCUGUUGUGAAGGGUGCUCGUGGACAGGAUGAUGAGAAAGAUGGGUCAAUCGUGGUCAAUGAGGAGAAGGACGGAUUGGAUGGUGAACCUUUAGCCGAGUGA